UCUGUCGAUGAGCAACAGGAAAACGAUUGUCGAGCGACGCUAGCGAAAACCUCUUUAGUAAUUUAUUGCGGAAUCUGAUGGGAUUAUCGUGGUUUUGAACUUGAAACUACAUACUCGAUUCAUCUAGAAAUGUUUGAAUAACAACCGAGCGAUUAAGGUAUGUGUUUAUAUUGUCUAGAGCUAAAUAUUCGUGAAUAUAUUGGGCCGUUUUGUCAGGAAGAUCGUUUCAUCUCGCUGUCUUGGGGCUUGCUUGUUCUCUUGGCGAUCUUUGUCAAUAUUUGCUCAUGACUUGAGCGUGUUGAAUGUCGCUCAUACUCUAAAUAUGUAAAGUCACUUUAUGCUGCUACUCCAAUUGGACGUUUAAUAUAUUUAGGUACCUUCUAAAAAGUCGGCAUAAUGUAGCAAAUGCAGACUUCUAAAUAUCUACGAAUCUAACGGUGUUGCAAGCAUGCGGGUUGAUGUUUGGGCAUUAUUGUGGUGAAUAUUGUUUGCCUGUAUUAUUAUAAAACGUUCGUUUGGCACCCGUAUAAUAUAAAUAAAUAAACAAAACUUUUUUUGUAUAUCAUACUACAUGUAUACUGAAAGGGGUUGCAAAACAUUUCGAAUUUUGCUUCAGUGUAUAAAUUUGUAACAUUUAAUAGUUUCAAAAUUAUGCAAGAAUUCGCGAAGAAUUUUAUUCUGGCCACAACCCUUUAUUUUGUCGUGACAAUUGUCUGUUUUCUUUCUCGUUUCGUACAUGCCAAAGUGACGACUACUUUGGGCAUUUAAUUUACCUACUCGUAUUAAAAUGUUCUGCGGUAUUUAAUAAGGUGUCAAUUCCAAAUUCACUUGGACAUUUAAUAGCGACAACAUUUUGUAAAUUGAACACACAUAGUAGCUAGCAAUCAUGGGAGGCAGAUGUUUCGGAUUUGCUUUAUGCAAUUAUCAGGCCUUCACAGCAGUGGAUGAAGCCUAAUAUUUGUGUUGUUUUUUCAUUAAAUCUCAAAUAUAUAUAUAAGAUGAAAGGAAAUUAUUGAUACUUGAAAAAUAAUUUGUUCCACUCGUGUUGAUUUACGUUGUUAAAUACAUAUGCAUUGUGUAUUCGUUUAUAUAAUUUCAAUGUGGGAAUUUUAAUAUGUUGUAUAUGACUGUACACCAUGAGGCUUGAAUAGAUGUCAUCUUUAUAAAUUUGCAGAGUCAUUAAAUUUUUAUGUUUUCUUUUGCCAAAUAAUUAUCAUUACUUAACGUUUUUAACUACAUUAUAUAACUGGGUGGGCAAUCUUCCCCACUCCGCAGCAAUUGCCCCUCUCCCCCACUCCACAGAAAUUUUUAUUUUACUUAACUUUGCCGAAGAAUAAUUGCUACAUAUAUAUUACAUACACAAGACGUGUACAAACAAAUGGCAGGGUGACAUUUACCUUUGCCUACCCCCUGCUCCCAGUGAAAAAGUCCAAUCACUGCUGUAUAUUAUAUAAUAGUAAUUGUAAUGAGAUCGCAUGAUUUGAAAUCAUGAUUUGAACGCUUUAUAUAAAGAACACUAUUUGUUGCACAUAUUACUGUAUCAUUCUUUUAUUAUUUAGAGUCACCAAACGGGUUGUGGUGGAUGAAACAACUUAUUUUGGUGCUGGAUACUUUUUCUAAGAAAUGAGUUGUGUUAGAGAAAUGUCAUUUAUAUUUUCACUCUACAUAAUAUUAAGUGCUUUUCAUAUACAUAAUUCAGUUUGUAAAGAAGGUAUAGUUUUUUAUAUUUGUGUCAUUAAGAUUUGAAAGUUAUAAAGAAAAACAUUCCGUAAAUUGAACAUACAGCAGUGCACAAUGAUUUAGUUUUACAGUAUACACAGUGUCAGUCAGUCUAUUCAUCCGAUUCACUCAGACAGUUAGUGGAAGUUUGUCAGUCCCAGUCAGGAAAUUGUUCAGUCCUUCACAUAUGGUUGGUCAUUGAGGCAGGCAAUCAGUCAGUCCGUCAGUGAGCCAGUUAUUGUGUGAGAGAGUCAAUCACUUAGUCUGUCACCCAGAGGAACAGUCAGCCAGUCAUCAGUCAUGAUGGUCAAUCAGUCAAUCAGUUGUUUGUUGACAGAUUGUUCUCUUGAUACAGAGGUGAUUAUUUACACUUUUAGUCAACUCCAAGCUGUAUACCAGCAAAUUAACUACUGUAAAAUCAUAAAAACCACCUCUGCGGAGGAGAGAGGUUGUUGACAUGCAAUCGUUGUCAACCAGGUUGGCCCUAAAAGUCAGUCAUUAUUGGGUUGCAAAUCCUUUACAUAGCUAUAAAUAUUCAUUUGAUGGACUAUUAUCUUCUUUAUGUAGUGAUUCUAAAGACAGGAACAUGUUCUGAAUAUUUUGAACGUAGUGUAGAAGAUCCUGACUUCAGAACUACUGGGGUAAAACAGAAUUCCAAUAGUCCAUGCACACAAUUUUUAAUGCAGUUAUUUACUAUUUGAGUGUAUGCUUCGUUUUUACAUAAUAUAUUGUUUACUAUUUUGUGUAGUACUAUACAUACAUGUAUUUUCUUUGCUAUUUAUUCUCUUAAUUAGCACUCUUCUUAUACAAUUAAAUUGUAAAAAUAUUCACUUUCCCUUUCCUUCACCUGUAUUCGAAUCUAUAAUCUUUGUAGUCUAAGAGAUCUUUAAUACAGUAUGAGUAUUUCUAUAUGCUUUAACAUGCGUUUAGCCACAGUUGUUUAGCACAUUUGAUGUUUUAAUUAAUGAGUUUCUGCAACUAAAUAUCUAAAUACAAUGGUGUAGCACCAGGAAAUUUGCCUGAAGUUUCCCCAAGAUCAACAAGUAUUUGAAAUAUUGGUUUAAUCCUGAUUUGAAGUUUGCAAACUGGUAUCUUUAUUACAUAGGUUACUUCUCAAAACGUUCCAUACUGUAUUAUGUCAUUAAUUGCACACUCUAAAAAUAUAUAAAAUCUGGAAUGUAACAGUUUUAGCAAAGGAUGCAACUGUGCAAGUACAGCAUUAAGUAAACACCGAGUCAGUUCCCUCAAACAUUUCUUAGAAAUUCUUCAAAACUUAGAAUUUCCCUAUGCAAAAUACCUACUGUGGUCACAGAAACUUUGAUAGUAUAUAAACCAUCCUUAGUAAUAAUAGUGUAAAUGUGUAAACAAAUUUAAUCAAGGUUUCAUUUAUUGUUACUGUAGAAGAGCAAUAUUAUCGUAUGUGGUUAAUGUUAAUGAUCUAAACCAAACAUAGUAGAAUGUCUUUUAAAAGAUGAACUAAUAUUGCUUACUGUGCAAUAGUUCAAAAAAGAUUAUUUGAUCAUCUUACAGUAUAUUGUUUAUGCAAACUUGUUUAAAGUGAUCAUUUUGUUGUAAUAACUAGAAAGAAAAUUAAAACAGUUCAGCAAUUAAAUGCUAGGCUCUUGAUUUCUUACUUCUCAUACAGUUACAUUCUUUUAUUCAUUGCUUACUAUAGUGGUCACCCAAGGCAGCAAAUGAUGGUUGCUCCAUUUGCAAUUCACAAGACACAGCGGAAUCUUGGUUGGUUACAAAAUUCCAGCAAGUUAAGGAGUUCAUUAAGUCAGUACAUGUAAAUGUCAAAGUGUACAGACCUGAAUGUGGAUUGUGCAAAAACCAGGAUGUAAAAGUUUAUAUUUUAGGCAAAGCCUUGCCAAUUGGACAGAAAGGACUAAAAGAAGCUGUCGGGAUUUUAAAGAAUCUGACGUUGGUGACAACUCUUAAAAACCAAAAGGACUUAACAGAUAAAUUUCAUCAGUUUCAUUUUGAACCUAAUGCACCACAAUUAUCCAUAGCGUUCCUGUCUGCAGGCAGUUGUACCCUGAUUAAAGAUAUCACAUUAUCCUAUUUCGUUUGUGACAAAAACACUAGCGCUGGGGUUAAUCUGCCCAGAACAGUUGCUCCAGAUAGUGGAUCUCAAAGAGUGAACGUAAGCUGUCCUGAGAACACACUAAAUCCAGGUAAUGAAGAGGCAUAUGGGUUGUGCUCCAGUAAAGGAAUAUGGAAGAUAAUAUCACCAUGCAUCUGUAAGAAAGGAUACACCUUAAAUACUAUUGAAGAAGGAUGCAUAGGUAUGUUGUGACUCAAGUUACAGUAGCUUGAAUUGAAGAAUUCCGUAGAUCUAAUUACUGUAGAUGCCUAGUUUAUAAUCGUUUGCCAUUGUAAACUCUCUUAUUUAAAAUGACAAUAUUGUAUAAAAAUGUAUAAAAUUUGCAAUACACUUAAUUUCUAAAACCGAGAUAACAAGUAAUCUUCAAUUAGCAUAGCAAUUGAAUGUAAAAUAAAAUGUAUAGCAAAAUAGUAUAUAAAUACAUACCGUAGUGCAGUGAAUUGAAGUAUAAUUUAAAAUUGAAUCCAGGUUAUACCGAUCUAGCAUCAUCCCACGUUAACCCAUUGAGCGCCAGCGCUCUCCCCUUGACGAGUAAACAUCAGCGUAUGGUGCAUUUAGGCCGCAAUGCAACCCAUAUACAUAUGAAUGCAAUACAGAAUGGAUUGACCAAAGUAUUUUUAGAAUGGGUAAUAUCAACAUUUUGUAACUGAGAAUUAAUCUCACAAAAAUUUUCAAGACUUUCACCAUUAAAAAUUAAAAAGUAUUUGAUUUUAUGAAUACUAUAAACAUCCUUAUAGUUAUAAGUAAAUUUGAAAUUUUGAAAUACACCCUUCCGGAAAGUACGUCACUUUGGCUAUAGAGCCUCGUUUUCAUGUAUCUGACAUCAGUUAAAGGGCACGUCUCAAUCACGAAAACGAGGCUCUGUACCCAAGAUGCCGUACUUUUCGUAAGGGUGUAUUAAUUUUUAACAUUGAGAAAGCAAAACUGCUUUGACGUAAACCUGGAAAGCAUACAAAUAAUAAUGAUCUUAGAUUCAAUUCGAUUAUAGGAUUAUAUUUUUUCUAUUAUAACGAGAUUUUUUAUAUUUUGAAGAAUGUGCAGUCAACACAUAUAAAGAUACGCUUGGAAAUGGAAAAUGCACCAAUUGUCCAAGGAAUUCCGGCAGAAAUCUCAAAGGACAAAGUCAGUGCAUGUGUCAAGACGAUUUCUAUCGCUUUCAAGGGGAGAAUUAUACAAAGCCUUGUUACGGUGAGUCCACAUAUUGUGUGCGACUGUUUCUUCAAUCCUACUUGGUGCUUCCACAUGUCAGUUUUUCUCAUAGCUAUAUAGAGGAAAUAUUGUCUAAUGAGUGUAGAACACUGAGCCACGAAUGAAUUGUUAGGAGAAAGCAACGGUCGUUCUGUUAAAAAGUGGAAAUAAAGAGCUUCAAGAUGGCAGUGAUAUACAGGUGUAGUCAAUAUAGCAAUAACGAAGAGUCUCUAAUAGUUAAUACAGAAUCUACUGUAUAGGUUUUCUGGCUUUUUAACAAAACAAAGCAUGCCUUUGGCAUUGUUGGUUUGUGUUAGUCUAUAGCUAUAAGAGAAAUACCAUUGGCUUUCGGAUAUAUAGUAUGAAAGCUAAUGUAGAAAUGAACAAUGAAAGCCUAAGGUAGCAACAAGUAAAAACAGAAUAAAGACAUACGCGUUGACAUUUUCUUUCUUUUCAUAGGAGUUCCAUCGCCUGUCGGAGAUGUCAAAUACAUUGACAAAACUGAAACCUCGAUAACGUUGCUAUGGACACCGCCACCCGACCAGGGUGUGCUAUAUGACAUAGAAUGCAAUAAAUGUCCAUCAGGCAGUGAUAGUGGGUCGUGCGUAGUACCGUGUGGACGCUCAGUGAUGUUUAUACCAUCCCAAAAUAACCUUACGUAUACCAAUGUAACCAUACAAGGUCUCGAUCAAGAUACAGAAUACCAGUUCGUAAUUUAUUCCAAGAAUAUGAACAGUGCACGCAUCAGUAGGACCAACUGGAAAAGCGCUGUAAAGAAAAUUAAGACCGAAGGUAUGCUGUAGCUGACACAUGUUGUUUUGGUGUUCAAUGACUGGCUUAUUAGUACAACGUACAAAUAGUCUUGGGGAAGGUUGCCUACUGUAUCUUUUUCAGUGUAGACCUUUAAUAAACAGCGGAUAAACCAGACGGACCUUUGCAAAUGGAUAUGUCCAUCUUACAUAUUUUUUAUUCGCCAAUGUUCAUCGUAUCUCAUUUCUUUUUCUUUUGAUGGAAAAUUAUUCCCACUCUUCCGUUGCCUAGUCUACCACGUGCUGAGCACUCUGUACAAUCAUUUCGUUGUCCCCCUUUCCUCUCAUACUUGCUUCGUUCCGUCUUGUUUUCAGGAAGUCUGCUCUUGCCUGAGGCUCUGACUCUGAGACCUUUCCAACUUUCUCCGCCAUAUACUGAUGUACUUCGUACUUUUCCUCAAUGUUUAAUCCAAUUCCAAAAUCCUUCAGGCUUCUCUUAACACUGUUCUUAAAUCUUAAUUUCGCUCUUCCUCGUAAUCGUUUCCCAGUCUCCGAUUCACAAUUUCACCAAACAUCAUUUCUUCGGUAACCAUUAUUUCUUUGGCAACCUGUCAUUCUCCAUUCUCACUAUAUGACCACACCAUCAUAGAUGCUGUUCUUUCAAGAUGACAUCCAUCUCUCCUAUAUUUACUCUCACCAAGAUUGUGUUAUUGCUAUUCUUGUCCCGCAAUUUCACAUUUAAAAUCUUCCGAAGACAACACUGAUGAAAUUUAUCCAGCUGCUUUAUGUGCACAGCAUAUAGAACCUGAACCCAAGUUUCAGAACCAUAGUGAGGUGUGUUCAGCACAACCGCUUUGUACAACUUGAUUUUUGCUGUCGUAGAGAGAUGCUGAUUCUUCGAAACACGUUCAGUUAAUCUAGCGUACGCUCUGUUCGGUUUACAGAUACGACUAAUUUUCAGGUCAAUGUCGAACUUUGUAUCAUCUUGUACUACAAUAUGUAUAUACCACGUUAGAUACUGAAAUUUAUUCACAUUUCCCAGUGAUAUAUAAUCUAAUAGGAUGGGUGCAAUGCAACAACCCUGUUUUACCUCUGUUGUAAUCUCAAACUCCUUUGAUACUUGCUUUCUUGUUACUACUCUGACCUUCAUACCAUUUUGUUGAUCUUCAUAUCAUUGCUGUAGGCCACCAUGCCAUAAAGGGGAUUUAAAGCUGCAUGUAGUCAUUUUAUUCUUUUCUAAAAUCGUAAAAUUUAUAUUAUUAUGUUAUUACCUCCUCAUUGAAGCCUGGUCUAAAUGGGGACGGUAAACUGUAUAGUACUUUCAUUUAUUUUUUAUUAAUUUCUUUUGUGUUGAUUACAGGAAUGUCCAAAUCAGAUGGUCUUCCUGCAGCAGUUAUAAUUGUUGUUCCAGUGGUUGUUAUUAUUCUGAUGAUCGUUAUUAUUAUUCUUGUGGUCUGUUUGCUUAAACGGUAAGUCGUAAGUUCUGUAUUGAUGCAGAAUGCCAGAAUUCCUUCGUUGUUUGAAUAUUGUCGUAUUUUUUUCUCAUCUAGUCGUAAAAUCAGGCGAUUCAGAGCUAGUCAACGCUCACGUGGCGGCGGAGGUUAGUCGUAUUUUAUAUCCGUGAGCUCCAUACUGUAUAUAACUUUUAUUUCUUUAGAGAUGUAUGUUAAAAAUUUUAUGGAUCGAUUCAUCUUAUUUCAAAAUGUGCAAUUUAAAAACUAUUAAAUAAAUCUAUAACGCUUUACCACACCCAAGUACAGUAAUAUACUGAAUACAUACUAAGCCAUUAACACGCCAUCAUCCUACUUGCAUUAUUUGGUGACGGUAUAAACUGUAAACUACUCAAAACUAUUUGUACUUCUUACUGUCGUUCCAAUUGAAGUGUUCCUCAAAUAUUGAUUCAAUACAUUACCUCUGACUGACCAAUUCAUUUCAUCAAGUUCCUCGAGAUAUUCAUACACUUCCUGUGAAAGAGCCAAUUCCGAGAAUUUGAUCAUUUCUGGUCACUUCCUUUCUAUUUAUGAUUGGUUAGUUGCACGAACAACAAAGGUGAUUGGUGCAUUCAAACUAUUCAACAGGAAGUUUACAAUUAUACUAGGAAGUGUAUGAAUAUUGCGAGGAACUUGAUCAAAUGAAUUGGUCACCCCGAGGUAAUGUAUUGAAUCAAUAUUUGAGGAACACUUCAAUUGGAACGACAGUAAACGUAAUGAAAUGUGCGGGAAAGUGAAGCCAGCUAACGUUGUAGCUUUUCCUCGACUAAAAUUAAAAUUGUGCAUAUGGUUUAAUUGGAUACAUAUAAUUAGGAACAGCUUUGUUGUAAAAUACGUAUAGUCUGUAAAUAAGGUGAAUAUUAUAGUGUUAUUUAUUAAAAAUAUUAUUUAGAUUUCCCUCUAAUACCCGGUGAGAAGAAUUACAUUGAUCCAACGACGUAUGACAAUCCCGAGAGAGCGGUGUCAGAGUUUGCAAAAGAACUGGACCGGAAUUUGAUUAAAUUAGAAGCCAUUAUUGGUGGAGGUACAGUACUGAAUAUUGUGUUGUGUGAAAAGAAUAUCAAGUCGCUGCCAAGUUAUGAUUAUCAUUAUGUAGAAUUGUAGAAGAAUAGAAGUAUCAUUAAAGCAGGACUUUCGAUGCAACAUUGGCAAACAAAUAUUUCGUACUUACAAUUUGCCUAUUUAACUUUUUUUCAGGGGAAUUUGGUGAUGUUUACAAAGGGGAUAUGAAGCUUCCUGGCCAACCGUCAAUGAAAGUGGCAAUUAAAACACUCAAGGUACCGUACUGUUUAUAUUUGUACACACUUUUAGAAAAUUUUGCACCAGCAAAAAUAUUUUUCAAAUUAAAGACAACGGGACAAUUGUUGCAUAUCUUUUACUAGGCGGGGGCAACGCGCAAGAACCGAACAGACUUUCUCAUUGAAGCGUCUGUGAUGGGGCAAUUUAAGCAUAUAAAUGUAAUCACUUUGGAAGGUGUUGUUACUAAAAGUAAGUGCAGGAUAAAUAUUUACUUCAUAUCUGUGAUGUAGGUUACCAGCUGUGUUUUUUAAUCCCUGAUUGGGAAACUAGGGUGCUGCAAUUAAAAUAUUGAGUACUUGAGAGGUUGUGAAUUAAAAAAGUAAGGGUGUUGAAGCAUAUGUUGGGUUUGUUAUAAAAGUGGUGGUGGUGGUGGUAUAUAUGUUGAUGACGGGGUAAAUGGUGAUGAAGAAUUACGAGUAUGAUGGUGAUGAUUAGUAUGAUGGUGGAUGAUGAUGAUGAUGAUGAUGAUGAUGAUGAUGAUGUUGAUGUUGAAGAUAAUGAUACAUGAUGAUGGUGUAGAUGAUGAUGAUGAGAAUGAAUGGUCAUAGACAGUGACAAUGAUAAAGGUCACCAAUGGUGAAGAUGAUGGUAAUGAUUGUAUUUAAUAUGUUUUGCGCUUUAUUUAGCUACACCGUUACUCAUUGUGACAGAAUUUAUGGAGAAUGGAUCUUUAGACAAAUAUUUAAAGGUAAAUUGAAACGAAUACAAUAUACAUCAAAUACAAUUGCUAUUGUUUCUCGUGCCAUCAAAAUUACAAAUAUUUUAAUCCCUAUUGUCUGUAGGAAAACGAUGGAGUGUUGAAAGCACCACAACUAUUAGGAUUGGCCCAGGGAGUUGCCAGUGGUAUGGAAUACCUGGCCGGGAUGCAUUUUGUGCAUAGGGUAAACAAUAUUGUAUUUUUUUGAUCUUUAUAAUAACACAUUGACAUCUACAGUAUUUAACAAUUAUUCGCCGAAGGCGAGGUGAUUAUCGGGGAAUAUUCGCCGAGACGAAGUCGAGGUGAAUAUUCCCCGAUAAUCACCAAGCCUGAGGCGAAUAAUUGUUUUAGUAUUUUUGCACAAUUUUUUUUUGUGUUUUUCUGGUUUGAAUUCAUUUUAAUUUCGCUUGUUUCUUUAUCACUAACUUCAACAAAACGGCUAGCCGCCAUUUUGAAAAUUUCGAUUUUGUUAUGUUAUAUUCACCUGUAGGUGAAUGUAAGAGAUUAAUACGUCAAAUUUGACCAAUCAACGUGUAGGAUUUGUAAUGUUCACUUGUGCACAAAUACUAAUAUUGCAUGUUACUCUUGUCUUUAUGGUGUUUAUGUGGAACUGGCUUUCCCAGAAAGUCAGAUGACUGCUCUAUCAGUUUUACACUGUAUGUGACAAUGACAAUGCACAGUAGUGGAGUUUGGUGUUAAGCAUUAUUGUUUUUUUGUGACAAUGACUAAUGUAGUGGAGUUUGGUGUUAAGCAUUUUUCAAGCUUGCCUGGUGUGGAUAUAUACACUCAGAGUAACAUCAUUAUUGUUUGUUUACUUGUUGCUUAUCGUUUUUCGCAUUCUAGUUUUUACCAUAGGGGGAAAAUCUCUAACAGUGGUGUUUCUUUAUUUAAGGAUUUGGCCGCCAGAAAUGUUUUAGUUAAUGCCAAUCUUGCUUGUAAAGUCGCUGACUUUGGCCUUUCCAGGGAUAUUGGCAAUACUGCAGAAUCGGAGUAUGAAACACAGGUCAGUGGCCCCACUAAAGAAUGAAAAAAAUCAGUCGAAACAAUGAGCAACUGAAUGGCAUUGAGAGAAGUAUUCUGAUUACAGUAUCGGACUGGAUGCCACUUACUGUAUUAUUAUAUUUAAGGUACACUAUAAUGUAUAGAGUUUAUAUUUUUAGGGAGGCAAAAUUCCUGUACGGUGGACAGCUCCCGAAGCUAUUACUUAUCGUAAAUUUUCAACAGCCAGUGAUAUCUGGAGUUACGGUAUUCUACUUUGGGAAAUAAUGUCAUUUGCUGAAAGACCGUAUUGGAAUUGGGGUAACGAAGAAGUGAGUAUGCGAUGUAUAUUCUUCGUAUAAAGCAGCGCUUUCACGAAGCACUGGUCUCACAGAUACAGGGUAUACAGUAACUGGAUUACUCUUGUGUGUUUUAUAGGUUAUGAAAAGGGUCGCCGAAGGAUAUAGACUGCCCCCGCCAAUGGUAAGGAUCCAUACGCCAAUUCUGUUAUUACCAUGUGAUAUUGCUGUAUAUUUUGCCGAAAGUUGGUGACUGUGAAAUUGGCAUUAUAUAAUAUAAAUUGUACUUUUGUGUUUAGAAUUGUCCUAAAACAGUACAUCAAUUAAUGAAAGAAUGCUGGUUGACAGACAGAACGAAACGACCAGCAUUUAAAGAAAUUGUAAGAAUCAUUGAAGAAUGGAUAAAAUAUCCCGAAAAACUUAAUGAAGACUAUAUCAAAGUGAGAAGGUACGAUUCAUGUGAAAUGUAAAAACUGUCGAAUUUUUAGAAUUUUCUCUUCACAAACCGGAGUUUAUUAUUUGUUCCGUAUAUAUAUACCUACCGUUAUCCCUUUUUAAAGCAAUGAUGAUUUACCAUAUAAGGAUACAUUUUUAGAACUGAGCCGCUGGACUACGCAGCGUUCACUUCAAUAAAAGAUUGGUUAGAGGCCAUUAAGAUGGGAAUGUAUGCGAGUAAUUUUUCCAAGGCGGGCUACGAGGAACUGUCUGAUGUUGCUCAACUUACCGAAGAUGAACUCUUAGAGAAAGUCGGAGUUAGGUUGGUGGGACAUCGGCACAAGAUUUAUCAGAGGAUUAAAGAAAUGAGUGAAGACAUGAACUUGAAGCGAGAGCAGUCGGUGAGAAUUUGAUGACAAAGCAGGAUCAUUGGAAACUCUCAAAAGGUGGUAAUGAAUAAAACCAAAGCUUUGCUUAUCGCCUAGUUUGAAGUAUUUCGAAUUCUAACUGAACUAGUGUCAUAUGAUAAGCUGCCAGUGUACCGAAAAUUGUAUAGACGUAAAAACAAAACUGCGUUGUUUGAUGUCACACCCUAACAUGUACUGCAUGUACUUUACUUUAUACAGUACGGUGGCGCACUGAAAAGAUGAAUUCGCUCUCGCGGUGAAUUGCUAGUUAUACCAAAAAUCGUCAUAUCAAACAUGGUCCAGAAAGAAGUUUAUAACUUACAUUAUCUACGUAACGUAUUUAUAUAGUGCAUGAUAUAUAUAUCGUGUUUUCAUGUGUGGGAAACAUACAAUAAAUCAUUCCUACGACAACGAUAACGUUUUCCAAAAGGCAAAACACGUUUCCCAGGACUAAGGAAAUUUCUGAAAGAUUUAAAUAUGGAAUGGAACGACGAAAUUGAACCACUGUACAGCUGAAAACCGAAGUUUAUAAAUAAAUAUUGAAUGCUGGAUAUUAACAAUGAAAUUUAGGAUAAAUUUUUUAACUGAAUGUUGUUUAAUUAUAAACAUGGAAAUAGGUCACAUAAAUAAUUUGUAUAAGGUUGAAAAUAUUCUUGUACAACGGAGAUAUUUAAGAAAUUCGAUGUAAAGAGACAACUUAAAAUGAGGUGUGCUGUGGAUUUGUGGAUAUUAAGAUAAAGCAGUGCAUUUCAUUUAGUUCAUUUAGCUUUGUUACUCGCAGAGGAGGAUAGUACCUUCCAACUUUAUUUAACAGUUAUUAAAUACGAAUCUCCCAACCCACCCAACGAAUAAAUAAUGUUU